CUUCUCACUCAGAGGAACCUGAGCAGCAGAAACAGCUCUACUGUCGCUUUAAGACUGGCAGGAGGAGUGUAUAGGCUCUCUCUCUGUGUGUGCGCGCGCGUGAGUGAGUGAGUGUGUGUGAGUGUGUGAGUGUGUGUGGCAGUAGGAUGCCAGGGAUCACCGAUCCCACUCGAUCCAUCGCAGGAGUGCCGGAGAAAAUCGGGUCGCACUGAGAGUUUAUCACUUCGGCCCUGACGAGAGACAGGAGAGACAGGAGAGGAAGGGAAAAGCGGCGACGUGGACGCGGCGGCGGCGGAGCGGCAGCGGCGGGGACGCGCAGCGGAGAAGAAAAAGACGCAUUGGAAAGAGAGAGAGAGAGAAAGAGAGAGAGAAAGAGAUCUCCCGGGAAGCCAUGUGAGUGAGCAGGACAACGUCCAUCUUUGCCUGUGGUCUGGAAAUCAUGGUAUGACCAGUUGCCCCUGUUGCCUAAGUUGGUACCUAAGAAGCAAACAUGUUACACAUGCCCUAAAAUGGAAACUUACAAGAAACUCAACACCAUAACCAUGGUCAUAUUUCUGCCAUAGUAAAAGAAAAAAGAAAGAAGAAAAAAACAAGAUACUUGCACAUCCUUUUCUGUGACGGGGAAAUACCCUGUCCAGUUGCAUUUCAUCUCUCAAACCAGUGUGGAUCACUUGCAAACCCAUAUUGUAAAGCAAAAAGCCAUUGGAUCUCUUGUUGGAAACUAUCUGAACAUUUUUCUUCUCCGUUGUGGUGGCCAGCCAUAGAAGGGACCAUAAUAUUGAACAUGACUCAUGGGGAAGAGACUGGCCCUGAGACACACCAGGAUUCUGCUGUUCUAACAUAUCUGGAAGGCUUACUCAUGCAUCGGGUAGCAGGAGCACAAAGUGCCACAGCAACACAAAGAAGUGAGGCUGACAAAGGCAAUGAGGAGCAGAGAAACAAGGAGACACCAGGGCUUACGUUGCCCAAGUGUAGCGCACAGCAUGAACAGGAGAAAACAACUCCCCAGGGAGGGUCAACACAUCAUGUGAAGAAAGCUCGUCUGCUUCGCUCUGAAGUCUGGACCGAACGUGAGAGCCAAGUGCGAAAAAUAUCUGUGGCUUCUCCUGAGCUUGAUGGAAGAAAGCAGGAACACUGUGGUGGCCUGAAUAGUUCACUUCAAUGUAAAGGAGAGAGCACAUUGCUGGCAAGUCUGCUUCAAAAUUUCAGCACAAGGCUCCAAAAUGUGGCCCUGUCACAGCAAGGUGUUCAAAACUUGACACCACAGAAGGCAUCCGGUUCGGGAAGUAACCCCAAUAAAGAGGACAAGAUACCAGAGCGUGGGGUUGUAUCUGAUGAAUCUGGUCAAUGUUUGGCUGGAGAUAGUACAGUCCAAACCAGUACUAGCAGUCAGAUGUAUCACAACCGAGAGCCCAGUCAGGAAAGGUUAUCAAAAUCUCCAGGAGUAUUAUAUCGCAGUGCUCGAUCGUCCUCAUCAGAAUCCCUUCACUGCACCGAGCGUCUAAAAGCUGUAGCCAGUCUAGUAAAUAUCAGGUCCAGUCCAGCUCCUUCGCCAAAACCCAGUGUGGCCUGCAGUCAGCUGGCUCUGCUGCUUUCGAGCGAGGCUCACCUGCAGCAGUAUUCCAGAGAACAUGCAAUUAAAGCUCAACUAGCUGGACGAUCUGCCAGUGAAAGACUUGCAGCCAUUGCCACACAGCAAACCCAAGAGAAGAAACCUUCAAUAUCUCAGAUAAACCAUGAUGGGCUUAGCUCCUUACCGACCAAAAAUGGGAUACCUUCUCAAACGGCAACAAGCUCUAGCAGACAAGGUCAAAGCCUACACUCUGGAAAAAGUAGGUCGCUGGGUUCAGGGAGGAGGACACAUCCCUUCAGGGAGCGUAGACCUUUUGAAAGGCAUGGCAGGGCUUCCCAAAACUGCAGCAGUCUGCUCCUUCAGCUUCUCAACAGCCACAACACACCACAGAGACUUAUUUCUCAGGAUCAGGUAAAGGAGGACAUGAACAUCUUUUCUAGCCGGGGGUCACCAAUGUUUUCAGACAGUGAACUUUCAAAUUCCAACAGUCUACCAAAAGAUAGCAGUGAUGCUGAGAGUACUCGUUCCAGUUGCUCUCCUAUCGACCUCUCUUUGAAGAACAAAGCAAACAUCUCAACACCACUUUCUUCUUCGUCUUCUCCUGCACAGGACAAGGUCACAGAGUCUCUGAAAAACAGGUGGACGUCAGAGAGUCCAACUUCUAAAUUCCCUACAGAACCCAGAGAGUUACAUAGUUGUUCUGAGAUUAAGCCCCACCACAAGGUUACCCUUUUGGAAUUGCUCCUCGAUCAAAAACACAUCGAGAAGCAAAACAAAGCCCAUGAUAAUCCAGAUUUGCAGACUAAGAGCCAACCCAAGGUCAGUAUUGCAUCAACAAGUAAUCACAAUCUUUUUUAUCCAGGUCAGUGUAAGGAUACAACAGAGCCUAGCUCUAAUUGUAGAAUGAAUACCGGAAGUCCUAAAUUACUGCCAACAUUUUCCCAGGGCAGAGAUUGUAACAUCCGUGCAUCUCCUUACAGUAUGUACAACUCUCCUCAUACACAGUCAGUACCCUUAGAUCUGUGUAAGAAUAAACCGCUUGUGAAUGGUCCAAGUGUCAAAGAAGGAGCUUUCAUUGCUAGUAAACUGUUACAAAAUUUAGCACAGUGCGGAAAACAAAAUGCUGCCAGUUCCCCCACACCGAAGGCACCUCUGCCUCUAGUCAAAAGACAAACUGAAGAGUUUAGAACUUCAAAGUCUUCAACUUUGUUAGAAAAGCUUGCUGUACCAGUUCAGAAAAACAACACCACUCAUGUGAAAUCUCUUGUGACAGAAUCUACGCAACAUAAUUCAGAGAUUGAAAAUCUCCUGGAGCGGCGUACAGUCCUCCAGCUUCUUUUAGGAAAUAAAUCUCAAAAAGAAAAAGUGGGCAAAAAGCGAAAGGGAGAAUCUGGAAAGCAAGAAAAUCAUUCAAACUUGCAGAAUGCCUUAAACAGAGCCCAAAAUGAUUUUGCUGUCAAAACUGAGCCUGUAGAAGAUGAAAUGUUUAAUGAUGAAAAAGUAGCAAAUCAAUGGCAAAACAAAUUAGCAGAGACACACAGGCAGAGUCCCCACACUCCCAAUCAGGAAAGUAUAAAACAAGAGCCACUUUCCCCAGUGAUAGUCCCCAGGGAUGGUCUUCUUUGUCAUCUUCUGCAUCAGAAGCCCAAAAACCUAAAACCAAACUUUUUAGAGCACUCAAAUCAGGAAUGCAUUAAAGAGGAACCGUUGGAACAUCACCAAGGACCAACCAUUCCCAAAAAGAGAAAGUUUUCGGUUAAACCAGAAAACCAUGUAAAUGUCAGUUCCCAACAGAGAAUGUCCAGUAGUUCUGGCAGCCAAAAGGAAGAUAGCGAUUGCUCAACCUCUGGAAUUCCAGAGUCCCGAGAAUCCAGUGAUCCAUCAAGCCCUCCGCAGGCAGACAGUCCACCAGCUAAGUUUCCACCAUGUGAGUCACCACGUAAUGAAAAUGGCGGAUUCAAUGUCCUCAAGCAGCUACUCCUUUCAGACAAUUGUUUGAAGGAACUGUCUCAGUCAAGGGGAACAUUUAGUUCACUGGAACGCCCGGUCCAAAAUGGGAGAACAAUCAAAGAACCAAGUAACAACGGUGAGCUUGAAGGCUUUCACCAGAACUUAAACCAGGGCAAGUCACCUUCUGCAACAGCAGGAAUAAAGAGAGUACAAUCUCUUUCUGAUGUUCAGCAGGAUUUGUCUAGGUCAAAACGUGACUUCGUCUCGCAGAGAGACUUGAAGCCAUCAACUGGCUUUGUGAAUGGUGAUAAAACACACAACUGUCACCUAGAUUCUCCACGAUUGACUAAAGCUAACCCUAUUUUGUAUUACAUGCUCCAGAGGAGCAAUGCACAUUUGGUUAGAGACAGAGUGGAGCUUGAAGCAAAGUCAGGACCUUGCAGACCGCAGACUAAAGAGAAAGAUGAAUCUGAGGCAUUUGACCUCAAAGUCCACUUGCAACAAAACCAACAUCACAACGGGACUCAUAGCUGUGACACACCACGGAUCAACGGGUCGCUCAAGAAGUCAUGAAGAAGACUAGACUAGCUUUUGUAAAUUUCUUGUUUAUCAUUCUUUUUGCUUCUUUAUUCAUAUGAAAACUCUAUUCUGUAAGAUCAGUGCUUAAUUUCUGGCAAAUUUCUACAUCCAACUUCAAAAAUGUUAAAAAAAUAAUAAUUUAAUUGGUUGUUGAAGUAUAAAAUAUUGGUCACAUGAUCCAGGAAAAUUGAUCCGCAUCAAAAAUUUUCUACAAUCUAAAUUUUUCUUUGCGAUGUGCUGUACAAAAGUACACAGUUGCUUAUGUAGCCAGUAUUUUUGAUUAGUUCAUCAGUAUUAAAACAUGAUAUAGUAUGUGCAUGAUAUGUGAUUUGUAUCAUUUGCAUUUGAUAUUGGUAAUCUUUUUAAUUCAUUUCAUUAAUUUCAGUAUAUAUAUAUAUUUUUGUUUCUACUAAUUUGUGAAGUACUGUACAAAUAAUCCAGCAUUUCGUUGAACCACGCCAAGAGCAGAGACCUCUUUCUGCAGUUCCCUGAAUGACGAUGAAGAAAAAAGGUACCAAAAAAAAAAGAGUAAUUUGAUAAGAAAUUAUUCAACAUAUUGCUCAGCUAAAGAUGAAGAUGUAAUCUGAUUAUAUGAAUAGGUAUCGGCAUCAGCAUGUGCCAUAAAUGUCUAGCAUUGUGCAAUAAGGAUGCAUUAAAACAAGACGAAUCAAGCUUGCCGGAGAUGCAGAGAGCGUUCUAGUGCAUAAUGUGCAAAAUGUGUGUUGUUUUAAUAGUCGUGUUUUACGGGAGUACUGUGCUACAACUGUCAUUCCCCACGUAUGAUAAUGUAUAUGAUAAUGGUCUUACAUUUUACAGAUGGGAAUAUAACACAUUAUUUUUGUCCCUUGAUCUUAAAGUCUUGUUAUAAACUAUAUUUAUGUACAUACCGUCAUCUUUAUGAAAGAUGGCUAUUUUAUAUGACUGAAAAAGAGAAACCUUUUAGUUUUGGAAUUUCUUAAAAAAAAAACACACAAAAAAAAGUCCACACGGCUGUGUGCACAUGUACAUAAUUAGAGAACUUUUCUUUCUCUUUUUUUUUCUUUUCUUUCUCGAUCCUACUUUUUGCAUGUGUCUCUUGGUAAAAACGACGAUAAUCCGUUCUACAACUAUGUUGUGUUAUGUCUGAUAUUCAACAGCCCACAGCUGCCUGCUGCAUGCAGAUGCAUGAGAAGGUUCCUAUGUAUUACUGCUCAUGGAGGAAUUCAAGUCUUAAGCAUAACUAUUUUGUCAUGAAGCCUGAUUAAAAAACAAAACAAAAUGUAUUGUCUGUUUAUUCUAAGAAAUAGACUGCUGAGUAAGAUAGCCGAACUUUUGAAAGAGAUGUGCAUAUAAAUAAAAAAAAAAUCUAUAUAUAUAUUUAUUUUGGUUUUUAUUCCUUUUUUUUUUUUUUUUUUUUACAAAAAGGAAACCAAACUGGUUUAAACAAUCAAGUCAUGUACAGCAACAAGGCAAUUAUGGGUUACUUUAAUGCUUGGAAGAACUUGGUUUUAAACAACAUAAAAAAAAUUAUAUAUAUAAAUGUUUGGACUGCAGCAUAUUGAAUAUGAAUUGUGAUAUCAUUUUUAAAUGUAUUCAUUUUUGGUGUUUACUUGCACAGAUUUUGAAUAAAGUUCCAAAA